UUCCAACCAGUUGGUAGACAACCGUCGUCCGGGGAGCGCAGUCGACGUCGCUCUCCAGGUAGCAAUUCCCCGAGCGCGCGCGUCACGUCGCGUUGUAUCCUCCCGAGCUACUGUGCGACGAUGCUGUAGCGCGCGCGUCGCCCACGUGCUGUUACCUCGGUGACGAAGGACUUGCCUACGUGUAUCCUUCUUUCUCUCUUUCUAAUUCGCGCGAUCGACGCGAGUGCCGGCCGUGUCGUCGCUCCCUCCCACGUGAUACGCGCCUCGAUAAUCGAUAGAUACGGAAGAUAUACCCGCGGCUGUGAUCGCGCUCGUCGGCGGAGGGAAGAGAGGGCCGGGGAGGGAGACAAAGGAAGCGAGGCGGAAGAGGGAGAGAAAGAGUUGCAGGUAGAAGGGGCGGCUUGAGAAGUAGGAGAGAACCACGCGGAUUUCUCGCUCGGUCAACUGCGUGUGUUGCUACUGCUGCUGUUGCGGCUUCGUCGGGAGCACAUUAGAAUGUAACGAGCGCUCGCGAUAGACGAACGUGCGGCGCGACGAGAGAGAGGGAGAGAGAGAGAGAGAGAGAGCAGCGUAAACAUGGUCGUGUAGCAGUGGAUCCAGGUCGGUCUGUCGUCGGCAGGUCACGCACUCGGUGGUAAUUUCGCGUAAACAGCCGCGAGCUACCAGAGCCCGCGUGCGCGCGAGGGAUCGCGCGGUCGCCACGUAGAGAGGAUGGUAGUGUGCUCGAGCAAGUCGACGUAGAAGUGCUCGUCGGUGUGAAAAAAGUUAGAGCACGUGUUAGAGAGAGAGAGAGAGAGAGAGAGAAAGAGGGAGUAUCGAUUCGCGAUCGAGUACUCGCCGGUAUCGGUUUUCCUCCCCCCUUCGUCGCCCUUGCCGCACCGUCGGUCAUCUUCUUGCGGGAAUCGUCGCUUAUGAUGGAUAUCGCACCGAAUGGAUUGCUCAUGCCGGCCAAGACUGGCGAUAUCAUCACUUAUCACUCGUCCUUCUACUCGCCGCCACCCACGGAAGCUUCUCGAUCGGGUUACGAUUCUAGUAGCGGCGGAGAUUCCGACACCGAGUACAACACGCCGAUCUGUCGAAUCAGCCAAGUACAAAGUCAGGCGCAAAAUCAAGCAUCCGCUAACGGAUCGAGCCACAGCCAGGGGAAACAUAUAAACAAAGGAAGAUGGACCAAAGAAGAGGACGCUCUGUUGAAACAACUAGUGAGCAGCGCGGACCAGCAGGGCACUGGGCUGCGGUGGGACGCGAUAGCUGGUCACUUUCCAGACCGCAGCGAUGUGCAGUGCCAACAGAGAUGGGCGAAGGUCGUGAACCCGGAGUUGGUCAAGGGCCCUUGGACGAAGGAGGAGGAUGAAAAAGUGAUCGAGCUAGUGGAGAAGUACGGUCCGAAGAAAUGGACGUUGAUUGCGCGACACCUCAAGGGUCGGAUCGGCAAGCAGUGUCGGGAGCGAUGGCACAAUCAUCUGAACCCGGGAAUCAAGAAAACCGCGUGGACGGAGGUUGAAGAUAGGAUAAUCGUCGAGGCUCACCGCAAAGUCGGCAACCAAUGGGCUAAAAUCGCAAAGUUAUUACCAGGCAGGACCGACAAUGCGAUUAAAAAUCAUUGGAACAGCACGAUGAGGAGGAAGUACGAAGGUGAAGAAGGAAGGAGUCUGAUGAAAGGUAGAGGUAAACGGAAAAGCACGGAAGGCACGGCGAUGGUGACGACCGCGUUAGUCUUGGAGGACGACAGUUGUAGCCAGAGUCGAUUGAAAGUUGCUUCGACCAGCGGCAACUCCACGAUGACGACAGGCGGUGCCUCGCAGACUAUCGGUAUGUGUCAACUGGAUUGGACUUGGGAGCAACAACAGAACUCGGGGUACGAGCUCCACGUGAACAGACGCACGCACGGCAACGAGAAGCGCGCGCAGUCCCCGUCGAAGAAGGAAUCCUACCGAGUGACGACCAAGGACGACACAGUCUCGCCGUUCACUAAAUACUACAAUCUCCACAUGCAAUGCGGAACGUCCGACUCGAAGAACUCGGAGAUAAGAUUGAUGCCUAUGCCGGACCUGGAGGAGAUGUCCGAGCACAUGGAGAAAGAGAGGAGCAGCCCGCCCCCGAUAUUACGCAGACGCAGGAACAUACACAGUCUCGUGCACAGAACCGAGACUCCCGACAGUGGUACCCAGUCGGAUUACAUCGUCGUGAACCAACACUCGCAGCCUGGAAACAGCAGCCCUUCAACCCCCAUCAAGCAACUGCCGUUCAGUCCUUCGCAAUUCUUGAACAGUCUGAGCCCGGAAACGUCGUGGCCGCGCGCUAGCACUCCCAAAGGAAGCAGUCCUGGUCCGCUCACGACCCCGCAGCCCACCGGUCUUCGACGCAAUCAGAAUGACAGUAACACACCACGGACGCCGACGCCGUUCAAGAAAGCCAUGGCAGAGUUCGAGCUACGAAGCGGCACGAGCACGCACCUGCCCGCUACUCCGAGCCGCUUGGACGCCUUGACCGAGAUAAUCAAGCAGGAGACCGAUCGCGAAAGUUUGGCCGGAACCAGCGCGAUCCUUCAGGAUUCGGGCUACGGGACGAUACGAAGACGCGGCAAGGAGAACAGUGCGCCUGGUGGGAAACGGGCGCGCAAGGCGUUGUCCCAGGCUUGGGCUAAUUCUAGCCAGGAUAACUCCGACGUGAGUUAUGUGGUGGAGACACCGAGUAAAAGUCUGGACACAUCCGUACUGUUCUCGCCCGCAUCCAUGGCUCUGGAAGACAGUUUCCUGACGGCAGGAACUAGUCCCGUAAAGACAUCCCACGACUUUACGUCCGUACAACGGAAGCCUAAUGCUAAGAGGGCGAUCACUUUCGACGCGUUCGACAGUCCCUGUAUCCUCAGCCCUCUGCCUCUCAGGCCGGUAAAACGCGCCAAGCUACAACUGGAGGCGCAGUGGACAACGGUGGCGUGCGGUCGUACACGCGAUCAACUCGACAUGACUCGCGCCGCUCGACGUUUCCUGAGCAUCCAUGGAUUCCUUCCGUUGCGCCCGCGUUCGUUGAACUUUUGAAAAGUGACAGAGAGAGAGAGAGAGAUAGAGAGGAGGAGGAGGAGGAGGAGGAGAAGGAGGAGGAG